AUGUACGAAACUCCGUUGCCUGCUCAGCUCUCUGAUUCCAACCGCCGCAUCAUCGACACCAGUGCCACUACCCUUCGAGUCUAUCAAGUUUGGAAAGGAAGCAAUAGAUUUUGCCUUGGGGGUAGACUUGUAUUUGGUCCCGAUGUAAGGUCAAUCUUCCUUACAAUAUCUCUAAUUGUGAUCCCAGUCAUUUUGUUUUGCGCUUUUGUUUCUCAAAGACUCAUUCACGAAUUCGACCACCAUCUUGGCAACCUCAUUGUAGCUAUUCUCAUUAUCUUCACUGUAUAUGAUCUUAUUCUUCUGCUCCUCACAUCUGGAAGAGAUCCUGGCAUUAUUCCUCGAAACCUGCAUCCUCCAGAACUGGAGGAAGAUGGUUCCACCAUGUCUACGGAUUGGCUAGGGAGUCAGAGUGGUGUUGGUGUUCCAAGCUUACCACCUACAAAAGAUGUUGUGGUUAAUGGGGUGAUUGUCAAGGUUAAAUACUGUCAAACAUGUAUGUUGUAUCGCCCACCACGCUGCUCACAUUGCUCUAUAUGCAAUAACUGUGUGGAGCGCUUCGAUCACCAUUGUCCAUGGGUGGGGCAAUGUAUCGGGAAGAGAAAUUAUAGAUUCUUCUUCAUGUUCGUGUCUUCCACGACCAUACUAUGCCUAUAUGUUUUUGCCUUAUGCUGGGUAAACAUUAAGAAAAUAAUGGAUGAAUAUCACUGUAAUGUCUGGAGAGCACUCUUGAAGUCUCCUGUCUCAGGGAUUCUUAUACUAUAUACAUUUGUGACUGCUUGGUUUGUUGGAGGCCUCACUGUGUUUCAUCUCUAUUUGAUUUUUACCAAUCAGACAACAUAUGAAAAUUUCCGGUAUCGUUAUGAUUCAAAAAUGAAUCCUUAUAACCGUGGUUGUGUCCGCAAUAUUUUUGAGAUUUUCUUCUCCAAAAUUCCCAAGUCCAAAAAUAACUUCAGGGCCAAGGUCAAGUUGGAUUCAUCUGCUCUCUUUGCUGCCUCAAUAUCCUUGGCACGGACCAUGAGCCCAGAGAUGCCAAAAACAAGCUUUGACAUUGAGAUGGGAAAGCGGCAAGCGGUUGCUGCUGAAGAUUUUGAAGAAAUACAGAGCCAAAUUGAUAGUGUUGGUGGAUUGGAGAGGUGUGGAACGCAACCAAGGCACACAAACCAGGGUGACAAAGCCAACUGGGAGAUGUCACCUGAUAUUCGUAUGUUGGCUGCUGAGUUUGGAAUGGAACCCAGUUUCAAUGAUAGACAGAAAGUUCGUAGAGGCCAUUGAAGCCUUUUUCACCUAAAUUAUAGUCAGAAAAGCAUGUUAAUGAUCUUAGAGCCUACUAGAAAAUUGCCAACCCUGCUGAUUAAAAUUGGCAACUGAGCAGUGCCGCUAAGAUAUUAAUCCAUCAGAAGGUUGUUUUUAGGCUUUAUUUGUCUCUGCAAGGAAGGAAUGUUCUGGUCUGGCUAACGUAUGCAGGGGUUCAUGUUGUGUAUUAUACUGCUUUGAGAGAUGCUUGGGGUAAGUUUUGUGCUAUAAUGUGUUUGUUGUGAGGAUCUCGUUGGGUGUUUAUAAUUAAUUGGAUAUGUGAAGGUUAAAUUAAAUCAUCAAUGGUAGAAAGGGUUUUUUUUUUUUUUUUUU